AUGGUAAAACGAGACUACCACCAGAGGACCCCCCAGGACAUAUGGUUCAUCAGCGGCGUAUCCCUGGCAGUCCUCCCCUGGCCCGAUGAUCCCCUCAAGUCCAACGCUCUGUUCCUCAAUCCUAUCCACGCGAGACGCCUGGGCGGCAAGUAUGACAAGCCCCCAAAAGGCGUUGACGAAACCAAGGAUUUCCACUAUCGCAAACGCACCAUCUGGGUCAAUCUCGUCGUCCUCUUCCGCCUCCUGCUCAUGGCACAGCAUCUCUCCUUCGACCAUGACAACUUCUGGAAAUUCGUCCGCCUCAACUGGGGAAUUGGAACCAAUGUUUCCGACAUCAAGUUCAUCGUCAGCCUGUACGCUGACCGUCGCGACGCAUACCUCAACAACCGCCACAUCCAAAGGCGCCAUGAGGACCUCUUGACCGACCUCAUUGACGCCUGGGUCACCCGCGGCGGCGACCUUCCCCUGCCCAGAUGGCCCAGGAGAGACGACAUCACCGCCGAAUGGGAGAGGCUUUAUGCUGAUUGGGACCGCUUCCUCCAACACGGCGACUACUCUCUCCUCAUCGAUCCUGACGACCCCCCUACUCUUGGUCGCUUUCCUGAAGAUCGAGGCACCCCUGCUCCCUUCAGAAUCAAAGGCGAAGGCUUGCGCUCUCGCUCUCAGAGCACUGGCUAUGACCGUGACCAGUCGUCUACCCGAACAUCCAUGGCCCCUCCUCCCAGAAAUAACGACCCCCAACCCCCGCCCUCUCCUCCUUCUAGGCCUUUGACACCAAACGCCAUGGAAGUCACCGUCGACGAGCUCAUCGAGUCCGAGGGAAACCCUGCCCAGAAGCGCAAGCCCCAACCCGGCGAGCUCGAUCCAACUCCCACCAAGCGCCGUUGCAUAGAGGACGAUCUACCCUCUCCAUGGGCGAGAGCACCUAGUCCAGCUCUUGAUAACGUGGAAGCGGACGCAACUCAUUCCGAACCUGUAUCUGGACCCACUGAGAAGCGCACAUCACAUCAAUUGGUCGCCAUGAUUGAAAAGGCCACGAGUGAUAUUCAAGACCUUGGAACAAGGCAUGAGGAUCGACUUGAUUCUCUCAACCAGCGUGCUAGUGAGCACAAAGAUAAGCUUGAAGAGCUUAGAACCAGUCACGAGGGCCGACUUAAUUCUCUCGAGGAACGUGCUGGAGAGCGCAGUGAUGCGCUUAAGGAGCUAAGAACUAGGCAUGAAGAUCGACUGGAUUCUCUCAACGAACGUGCCGGCGAGCACAGAGAUACGCUUCAGUAUCUCGAAGAAAAGGCCGGAGAACAUGCUGGUAUGCUUCAUUCUCAUGCGUCAAGGGCCGGCGAACACGGAGUCCAACUUCUAGAACUCAAUACGAAAACAAACGAUCAUCGAGCCAGGCUUGCUUCUCUGGAAUCAAAGUCGAGCAAAAGUGAAGAGAGAGUGGGCAGUCUUGAGACGCGUACCAGCCAGUAUUGGGGCUCUCUAUCUUCCUUCGAAAUGAGGACCAACGCCCACGAAAAACAACUCGGCAUUCUUGAAGCAAAGUCGGACCACCACAAGGACAAGUUUUGUUCACUCGAAGCCAAAACGGGCAAGCAAGAAACAGCUCUGAGUUUCCUCAAGACAAAGGUUAGCGAGCACGAGAAGAAGCUCAAAUCGCCUCAGUCCCACGGCAAUGUCGGCGAGCAGGCGACAAUGCCGGGCCCCUCAAAGGCCGAUGCUCAUGCAGAGGCACUGCAAUCACUCCAAGAAGACGCUGGUAAGCAAAACGAGGCGCUUCAAUCUGUCGAGCAAAGGGUAGAUGGUCUUGAGAGGAAAUCUAGCGAUCAGUCGCAUCAGCUUGGCAGCCACCAGAAGCAGAUUGACGAUCAAAAAUGCCAACUGGACAACCAUCAUAAGCGGCUGGACGACUACCACAGGCAGCUCGACGAUCAUCACAACAAGAUUGUUGCUCACGCUCAGGAGACGUUGCUGCAAUCUCUCCAAGGCAAGGCGGGAGCGGACGAAAACAUGACGCAGUCACUGCAAGAGCUUGAGGCAAAAGCCAGUCACCUACAAACGACCAUUGGGAAUUAUCGGGCUGAGCUUGACACUCUCAAACUGAGACUUGCAAAAUCAGAAGAGACGACUAGCCAGUUGGGCAAAACUAGUGUUCACAGUGCGGCUUUCACGAUUCUAAGUUCCAAAGUCGACGGGAAUCUAGGAAGACUGAGCUCCAUGGAGGAGACCGUUGCUCAACUCACCAAGAAUUCGACGACCAAGCUGAAUGAGCAUAUGAAUAUCCUAAACUCCUUAACAGCAUCGACUGCCAGGCUUGACAAGACGAGCGUGGAAUCCAAAGCCACGCUUGAUUCACUCCAAGCCAAGGUUGACCGGCAAAGCGAACAGUCUCAAGCAGUCGUCAAAACAAUCGACAGCCUUAGGAAAAUGAACGACGUGUUCAAUGCCAUGCUUGACUCACUCGAAGCCAAGGUUGACCACCAAAGCGAACAGUCUCAAGUAGUCGCCAACGCAGUGGACAGCCUUAAGGGAACGAACGACGAGUUCAACACCAAAGUUGAGUCUCUUGAAACCGACUUUGGCAAAUACAGGGACCAGUUCCAUACUCUCAAGACUGUCGUCGACAGCCUUGAAAAGACUACCAGCGAGUCUGCGAAUGUCAAAACCCUUGAAGCCAACUUUGUCGAGCACAAAGACGAGCUCCACACUCUUCAAAAGGCGGUUGGUGAUUUUGAUAAGACGACCGUCGAGCACGACGAGAACAUCCGAGCGCUUCAAGAGCAGAUGAAGCUUGUUCAGGAAUCUGGCGACCUCUCCCGUGAUGUCCACAAAGCUCACAAUGAUCUUACCGUUUUCACAGCAUCCCAAUGCCAGACAGCAUUGGAAAAACUUGAUACAUUUGCUGCAGACCUCUCUUCACUACGCAAGGAAGUUGAAUCAUGUCGUCAAACUACCGACGAAGCAAGAGAAUGGCAGACUCAACGUGAAGAGGCCAACAAAAAUCGGGCGAGCCUACUAGACAUUGAAUCAAUGGCAGCAAGACGAAAAGAACAGAGGGAACAGCUUGAUCGAGACCAUAAGCUUAAUACCCGAAUCAAGAUUGCGGGUGACCGUAUCUCGCGUGUAGACGCAAGUGCCAAAGUCACGACGAGGACCCUCAAAGGAAUACAAUACCGGCAGCAAGAGUUUGCAGAAGAGGUCGAUGACCGGCUGGCCACAACAGGCAAACAUCUCGCGUCGGUGAUGGCGAGGGUGGAAUUAUUGCGGAACAGCAUGGAUGAAAGCAUGAGUGCCAGGCUUUCCAAGUUGGAAAGCGGGUUGAAAAGCCAGAGCAUAACCAGCCCUGCUGUUGAAGAACGUCUGGCGAGAAUGGAGGAUGCUAUCCAAACCAAUACCACAUUAAUCGGCAACUGUAGGACAUUGGUCGAAGUAAGCAAGACGUCGUUAGAUCAACAGUUCAGCACCCUGAGCAACCGGGUUAGUCUGCUGGAGCAGCGACUCAACCGUCGCAUGACUGAACAGGAACAGUCUGCGAAAGCUCAAGCCAUGCGAAUGGACCGCCUGGAGGCUGCGUUAGCGCAGCAGAUGAGUACGAAUAGCCAGUUCCGUGGGUAG